UUUACAGAAUGUCAGCCCGUAGGCCUGGGAAACCCUAACAGGAUUUUAGAUUCUCAAAUGAAUGCCGGCAGCUAUACUUCACGCUAUUUGUCAUAUUACGGUCGACUUGAUGAAAAAAGAGGUGCAAAAGCAUGGUGCCUGAAGACUUGGCCAAAAAACAGAGCCGAUUAUCUUCAAGUUGCCCUGGGUACUGAACAUUCUGUAUGUGCAGUAGCAACACAAGGAUCAUUUCUCUACCAUGAGUGGUUAACUGAGCUACAUUUUGCUGAUGUCAAAAGAUGGAGUAACCUGGGGCACUUGCAAAGAGAACAAUGCCGAGAUGGUGAGAUGAUAGUAAAGCCAUGAAUACAAUACAGUCGAAACUUCUACGAUGGCCACCUUAUUAGGGAGAAAAACAUGUGGCCGUUACGGAGUAGUAAGGGUAUUAAGUGUGCUCAUUUUAGUUUUUCUGGGACAGAUUGAAAUACUCUACGUUUUUCAAAUGUUACUAUAGAUACGCAGCACAAUGAAAUGUGUCAAUAAAACAGAACCAGAUCAGGUACAAUCCGUUUGUAUUUCAUUCUCUUUUGAACGCUGAGGGUAAGUUGUCUUCAAUUGCCAGUCUGGGAUGCGCUCUUGUCAAGACUGCUGUCGUUGAGGAGAGGUGGCUGUUACUGAGAGAGGAUAAAACGAAAGUAAAUGUAGGGAAUGUCCACCGCCGGGGGACAGAAAAGUGCUCAGGUAAAUUAAGGGGUGUGUCACGCAUUAUUCUGUUAAAUAAAUGAAGGGGUGGUCUAUCUCCAAAAGAAAGACUACGAACGAUUAACAUUAAAGUAGGCUGAGACUUUUAACUGGUUGAGUGAGCUUUAUUCCCGAUACUCUUUCUAUAGUAACUACUCUUGUAACCAUUUAUGCUUCAACUUAAGCUUUGUUCCCCAUGGGUUGCAGCACACAAGCAACUGAAAUUGUCGUUACUGAAAGGUUUUGGCAGCAUUGUUUAAAGCAUGCAGAAUUUAUUUUCAAAUGUAAUUGGAAAUGAGGUCUGUGAUACGGUCAUGCUUUACGCUUUACGGUCAUUACGUGACAUUUUAUUGCUUACGUGGCAUGGACACGCAUGUACAUGAAACCAUUGAAACUUUAUGUUGUAAGUAAAAUUAGUAAACGCUUAACCUAAAGGAAACUACAGUUCCGUAUAUGGAAAUUUGAUAUCAUUUUAAACACGGCUGGUGACCAGAAUUUACGGCAACAUCUUCUCAAAUUGAUUCAUCGAUUCAUGACAAGUGUAAACCCUUGGCAAAGUUUCGAGUCAUUAAUGUAGGAAAUGGACCGUCCCCUUUUCCUUUUUACAUGAACCUUCAUUGAUUGAUCCACGCCGUCACACAUCUGAUUGAUUGGGGUAAUAAAGUGACCGUUAGCACAGUUUCGAGUGAAUUUAUUGCAAAAAAAGUGUUUUAUUACUCCAUACUUUCAGUUGUCUCAAUUAUCGAAAAAUUAUUCCCUCUCAGUAAUACGUUUCAACAGUUGAACUUAACCAUUUCUUUUUUAAUGCAGUGUUCAAAGGAAACACAGAUCAGAAGACGAUUGUGAAGCAUUCCCUUGUAACUGCCGUGAAAGCCCGAUUUGUUCGGUUUUAUUACCUCACCUAUCACAGCUGGCCUGCCCUGAGAGUAGAAAUAUAUGU